AUGGCGUCUUUGGAUGAGCGUUUCGAUGCGGCUGUCAAAAUUGUACAAAAUCUGCCCAAAGAUGGUCCAGUUUCGACUUCCAAUGACCAGAAGUUGGAGUUCUACUCCUUGUUCAAGCAGGCCACGAUUGGGGAUGUGAACACUGAGAGACCCGGCUUCUUCAGUCUGGUCGAAAAGGCCAAAUGGUAGGUUUAGGAGUUUAUUUACAACUGUUUUAUCAGUCAAAAACAGGCAAACAGUGGAGAAAUACAAAAAAUGAGAUUUUUUGGAGUAUUCUUUGUAGGUAAUGUUAAGGGUUGUGUCAUUUCAAUGUAACAGAAGCUCAAAAAAGACAUUAGAAAGCAAUAAAUAAGAUAAAAACAGCAAUAUUAAUAUUUUAGGGAUGCUUGGAAGGCCCGCGAAGGCUUGGCCAAAGAAGAGGCCAAGGAAAAGUACAUCGAAGCCUUGCUGGUGAUGUUUGACAAGAUCGGAGAGGUAGUUAAUAUCAGCGAAUGGGUCAACGGACCUGAUCUUGACCCUUCCAUCAAGCAGAACCUGAUCGUGCUCGGCAAGGACUUAUAA